GAUUAUCUAAACAGUUUUGAUCUAUAGUUUACAAAGAUUUAAACUUUCUGGGGUUGUCCUUCUACUCUCUCUAGUGUGUUCAGCUUUGUAUUGUAUUGAUUACUUUGCAAUUAGGGUUCUGUCUCUAAUAGUUACUCUAGUUCAUCGCUCUUAGAACGGACAAUGAAUCUGAGUACACAGAUCUUGCUCCUUUGACCUAAAGGUUUCUCCUUUUUUGGUGCUUACUUCAAUUCUCAUGUAGAAGCCUCUGUUUUCGGACAAUGUAGAGAGUUGUAACUGGGUUUUGUUAGAUUAUGUUUAACCUUUUCUUUUGAUGACCAAUAGUUCGUUUUGUUCUCAUGUGUGUUCACUAUUGGAAUCUUGAAAGGGAACUUGUUUUACAUAAACAAGUCUUGUUGCUUAUUUUCAGGUGGAUGCAUAAUACAUAUUCUUAAUAUCUUGAGCUGCCUGCAAUUAAAUGGACACCAUUGGGUUUGUAGAUGAAAAGAGCGAGAGCAGAUUAUAUGUUGGAAACUUGGAUCUUAGAAUAAACGAGGCUGCGUUGAUAAAGAUGUUUUCUCCAUAUGGGAAGAUCAUAUCAGAAGACUUCCUCUGGCACACACGCGGUCCAAAGAAAGGAGAGCCACGCGGCUAUGCUUUCAUUCAAUACAGCUCUAAAGAGGAAGCUGAAUUGGCUAAGGAGAAGAUGCAUGGGAGAUUAGCUUGUGGUAGGCCCUUGGUGGUUCGUUUAGCUAGUGACAAGCUUCUAGAGGAUUCCUCUCAUGAUCGUCCUAAAAGAUUAUUACCAGAAGCAAACAGAACGAGGUCUGCAAGUGGAAGCAGCUCAGGACAAAUGAGCCGAGAUGAAAAAGUAGCUGCCAUUAAGAACAAACUCAAAGCGUUGGAGGAAGAUGAGAAACAACGAGAUCCCAAGAAACUGAAGAGAUAAAGAUCCCUUUGAAACACAAAACAAACUUGAUGUAAAAGAGAGUUGAAAUGUUUUUUUUUUCGAAGUUAAACCAAAUUAAAUUUGGAGGAAUGGUAUCCUGUUUUAGUAGUGCCAACUAGUGUUCUGCCCCGUACGUACGGGUAAAUUUUUUUUUAAAUUUGAUAUCAAAAUCAAGAUGUAUUAACACAACAUUUAUUAUUGGGCCCGGCUAUCUUACACAA